UAGCAGCUUCUGUACGCAGUGCCCCAUUUAUCUUUUCUACGCAGUCGCACCGCGCCCUCGUCUACACUUCUGGAGGAAUCACCAACCAUGUCUGUCACACUCCAUACCACCCAAGGAGACCUCAAGGUCGAGCUCUUCUGCGAAGCAGUUCCCAAGACAGCCGAAAACUUCAUCGCCCUCUGCGCCAGCGGCGCAUACAACAACACGCCCUUCCACCGACUAAUCCCAGGCUUCAUGAUCCAAGGCGGAGACAUAUCCCUCGGACCCGCCGCCUCCUCCACCAACAACACCAAACCCAUACUCCCAUUCGAAGACAUCCCGAAAGGCGGCACCUCCAUCCACCACCCGGGGGCACUGAACCAAGAAAUCCACCUUCCAGCACUGAAGCACAACACGCGGGGUAUUCUAUCGAUGGCGUCCCGACCCGUGAAGGAUCGUACCGCGCCAGGCGCUCAGGGCGCAACGGGGGCUACGAUAAACGGGAGUCAGUUCUUCGUUACGUUUGCGGCGGCGCCGCAUUUAGAUGGCGCGAGUACGGUGUUUGGGAAGGUGUUGAAUUUGACGGCGCAGGAUGAGGGCGGGGAUGUGUUGACGAGGUUGGAGAAGGCGAAUGCCAAGGUGGAUAAGAAGGGGAGGGUGGUGCAGCCGAAGGAGGGCGAGGAGGGGGGAGAGUUUGAGGCGUUGAUGAUUAAGAGUGUCACGAUACAUGCUAAUCCGUUUGCGAAGUGAGGGUUGCCUGGCUAGGUGGUAUAUUUAUAUCGGUUGAUGUGGAAGGAGGAUUGAGAUAUGGCUCUGCAUAUGGCGACAGAACGACAGGUCUGAGUGCUGAGCUCUAAAUGAGCAACUACACAAACGGGCGGCUAUACAUAUGCGUCAAGCAAACUUGCUUGGAGGUUGUCGAUUUCACGGUGACUCACUCCGCUAACUGAGCAAACCAGCGUCGCUCGACACCUGGUCAUCGGGCGAUUCGUCAGUCGAAGAUGGACGAGGUGAGAGCUAUCUUGAGGUAUUGGGAUUCCGAAAGUGCAAUCCCGGGGAUGGGGAUUCUUUUAGAGAUACCAGUUCGCAGGGUAUGAGAAGAUCGUGAUCUAUAAAUGGUUCGUAUAUUAUCCCACUCUAGAGGAAUACAUCGUCAUUGAAACU